AUGAAUCAGGGAAUUUGGAAAAUUUACAAGAGCAAGUUGCUGAAAGGUUUUAUGGCUGAAGAAGAAGAAGAAGAGGAAGAAGAAAUCAAGGAGCAGACCAAUGACACAGUGAUGGACAUGACCACAGAGGAAAGUUCCAGUCCUGUUUCACUCUUGGCAAAAAAGGUUCAAGGGGCCAGUGCAAAGGGUUGGAAAUGUAUGUCCUCGCUCUUCAAUAAGGACGACGAACACAAGUUGCUCCCGGCCGAGAACGCCACCCCAGCUGAACAUGUCCUUUCGGAACCAGCACCAAAAGAGCCCGGACCCGAGAGGAAAACGGCCGGGUUCUGGGAUGUCUUCGCCACCCGGUGGCGCCAGGCGUCCGAGACCAGCCAGGGCACGGACGCGGGCUCCGGGGAGGAGGAGGCCGUGAGCGCCGCACAGACCGAGGGCAGCAGUAUGGACAACAUGAGCGGUUCCAGCCUGUACACCAACCUGGAGGCACCCAGCGACCCCGGCUUCAAGUGGAACUUUGUUACCAGCAAGCUGGCGGAACUGAAAAAUAAAAGUAUGCAGAAAAACAAUUAG